CAGUUCUCCCAUAACUAGUUGCUCACUUGCUCCUCGUCGGCCUCCCCCUCGAGCCGCUUUUUCCCUCCUCUCCCCUCCUCCUAACAUUCUAUUUUUCCACCUCCAUUCUCUCCGAUGCCAGGUUUUCCGCAAAUUAUCUCGUCUUCAGCCCCUUUGUUGCCACUGCAACUGCAGUCACGAGCACCCGAUGGCCGACAAUGCUUUCGUGGCCCCCCUAAACUCGCUGGUCACCGUCGCCUUCUUUGCGGCUUACAGCUCUCUCCUCCUCUGCCCCGGAAUCCCGCCUCUGGUAUGAUGAUCAGGCUCCCUUCUCAGCCUUCUGCCCGACUUAAUCCCUCUGCCAUUACAGCAUUUGAUAAGCGUUCUCCUUUGUUGAGGGCUCUAUCGGACUCUGCCUUAGACUUUGGCUAUGGUCUUUCGGUGGGCAAGGAGAAAGCCAAGCUACAACAUGAUUAUGAAAUAGCAAACAUCAAAGUUUCUGAGCUUUCAUAUCAAUCUUUUGCCAAUGGCGUGAAGCAUUUUUCCAUACAUGUGCUAGGUGUUGUGGUUGGGAUUAGAGUGGUAGCGAAGCUAAUCGAGUUGUUUAGAGAAUCUGGACUUGAACUUCUUACAUCAUUUUGGUUCUUCAUCACUAUGAUGUUUUUCACCACUGCAAUGAUUUGUUUCUUGGUCGAUGCUUUGAUCGUGUCAAGCUUUCCACGGUACAGAUUGGAAGAAGCAAUUCAAGACCUUAAGCUUGCUAAAUUUAAAUUGGAUCACCACAAUGCAGAGCAAUUAGUAAAAGCUUCUUAG